GUGAAGAACAGAGUGCCGAAGCUUGACGCUCCCUAUUGAGAGCUCGUUGCGACCCUGCCGCCAGCCUGGGCUGCCUGGCAAAGAACUUUCCCACAUUCUCCCCUAAUUGUAACGAUGUCAUCUGAUAAGCGGUUGAAUUAUAGCCCCUACACAUUGUUUGAACCUUGUCAUGCAGAACGCCGCCUCCAACAUGAGCUCGCCAAGUCGCAUCAGAACAAUCUCCUGUAUAUUGAGCAGCCACACACUGCCUCGAAUGCGAGCAUUUCACCAUUAAACAACGCGCUGGCCCCACUUUCUUUGAGACAAACUGCGUCAAGUCAACAAGAUUCUCGGGUUCUAUUAAAAGACAUUCUAUUGUGCGAGGGCAUCCAGGAACCAGAAUCUCUUGUACCGGGCUCCUGCAAUAGGCCGGUUAUCUGUGUCACAGAGCCAAUCAGCAACAGUAAGCCGCUUACAGGUUAAUCUUUGUGGCGGCAUGAUAGUUACAAAGUACAUACCACAAGCGCUAUCUCCCUCGCCAGCCUACGUCACAUGAGAAAUAGAUGGCAAACACACAGGAGGCGUCGUCAAAGAUGAAGGUACUCACCAACUCUGGUAAACCGUGUAGCCAAUGUCAAAUAUAUUGCCGACACGAGACAAGGCUGCUUCGCCAUUCUGUGUAAAGUA